AACGCUCUGAUAAGUUUACUAGAGAUGUGCCGAUACACAGGUAACACAUUGAAAUUUCAACCUUGUUAGGCCGAUGGUUACAUUCUCGUCUGCAAAACCGUAACCCGUCAAAAUGUAUUGUAUAAUAGCUCGGAAGUUUAAUAUCACAGAUGGGAUGAGGUUAUCCAGGCUUUUCUCCUCGAAAUACAAAUUUCAAAAAACCUUCAAAACAUCGUUGGGAGCUCAUGGACCAUUGGUUGAUGGACCUGACUAUACAUUCCUUGAUGGACGUGAGACACCAUUAGGGUCUUCCAAGAGGAAAAGAGCUAAUGAGCAGCUACAAGUUUCGAGUAAAGUUCUUCAACUCUUAAAUGAAACCAACUUUGCUAUAGAAUCACACAAAAGGCGUCAAGAAGAGGUGAAACAGAGACGACAAGCUAUACUGGACUCUAAACUGAAACCCAAGAAUUCCAAGAAAUUGACGUAAUUUUUAAUUAGUGAUUGCGUUCUGCACCGGUUUUUUUUUUUUCUCUCUUAAUUUGAAACAUUGUAAAUAAUAAAAAAAAUGUUAUUGCAUUUUGACCUUAGCUUCUUAUUUGAUCAAGCUUUACUAGAGAAAUAUUAUGGUACAAAAAGGUAUAUACAACACAGGCCAAUCUUUUCAAAGGCUAAUAAAAACCAACUAUUUAUAACUGUGUAGGGUAGUUCUGAAAAACUCUUAAUCAUCAGCGUUUUUAAAACUACAGACAGUAACAAAAAUAACUCAACUUAGCAAGGACCAUUACUUAAUGAAAAAAGGUUUCAUGGAUAGUAAACUAGUAAAAAUUUGAAAUUUGCUUGGUUUGAUAAUAUUCAACAGCAUUAAAGAAAAGUUUUCACAAGAUCAAAGCACUGGCACCAGUGACCAAACAAAAUGCUACCUCAGGAGUAGCGGCAUCCAUUUACAUUUAUCAGGAAUGCAAACAACUAUUAUGGAUAUUGGGAAACAAAUAUUACUUCUGACAGAUGCACGAGUAUAUAUGCACCACAUCCAUGAAAAUAAUCCCACAAAAUUAACCAUGCCUUCAUUAAAGAAUACAGAACAAGUAUAUUUUGUGUUUUGGUUGAGGGAAGGGCUUGCUCCACGUUCUAGAAGUUUACAGCUCUGUUUCUUGUAUUCCAUUUUGUUUUAAUAACCAACAUGACUUAGAAUUCUUAGUAAGCAUAAUUAAUUUGAGAAUGAUCGUAGAAAAAUGAAGUUAUCACAAAAAAUUUCCGUGGCAGCGAAAAAAGAAAUAAUAGAAAAAGUAAAAGAUAUUUUGAAUCUCUGCCAAUUUUCCCCAACCAAAUGUGUAACCACAGAAACUGAAUGAUCACAAGAUUAUCAGUACAAUUAAAAUAUAAGAAGAAUAUAAUUACAUUUAAUGAAAAAAGUAAUUUUAAUUCAUGAGAAAUUUCUUUUAAACUAAUUUGAAUUUAAAGUUUCUGGUACCAACCCAUGAACAGAAUUACGUACUAGAGCUGGAGCACGUGCGACAUUAGUUUAGAACAGUUCAUAGUAAUAAAUGUUGGUCAUUCUGUAGUAGCUAUCAAAAUAUUUGUAAUAGUAAAAUUUUUCUUUUAAUCACAAAAGAAAAAACUGAUACAAUAUAAUAAAUUGAAUUUA